AAAAGCUCAUCGACUCACUGUCACUAACACACACACACGCGGAGUUGCAGAGAAUCAAUGGCCUCCAAUUCGGGCCGGAUCCACCGGAAUGCGACUUCGGAUCGGGCUUCCGGGCGCACAUUCCGAAGCUCAAUGCUCCGACUCAAAUACUUCGCCGGUUUCGUGACCGUCGCUGUUUCGCUUCUCCUUACGGCGUCGUUUAUGCUCACUACCUCCUCGUCGCCGGCCGAUCUCGGAUUCGGUUCUUCUUUUAGUUCAUUUGGAUCGAAAUCGGAAUCUCUUCGGAGAUCAAUUUUGGCAUUAAAAUCAGAUCCGUUGAAGCCGAGGUUGGAUCAGAUCCGUAAACAAGCAGAUGAUCACAGAUCUUUAGCAUUAGCCUAUGCCUCCUAUGCACGGAAGCUGAAGCUUGAAAACUCGAAGGUGGUUAGGAUUUUUGCUGAUCUAUCUCGGAAUUAUACUGAUCUGAUCUCGAAACCUGUGUACCGAGCCUUGUUUGGUUCGGAUGCAAAUUCGAUUGAUGAAUUGGUGUUGAGGAGAUUUGAGAAGGAGGUGAAGGAACGGAUCAAGCUGACUAGGCAAGUGAUUGCGGAGGCAAAAGAAUCAUUUGAUAAUCAGUUGAAGAUUCACAAGUUGAAAGAUACCAUCUUUGCUUUGAAUGAACAGUUGACAAAAGCUAAGAAGCAAGGUGCUUUUUCAAGCUUGAUUGCUGCCAAGUCGAUUCCCAAGAGCUUGCAUUGCUUGGCUUUGAGAUUGAUGGAAGAGAGAAUAGCUCAUCACGAGAAGUAUACAGAUGAGGCUAACCCCCCUAAGCCAGAGUUUGAAGACCCAAAGCUUUAUCAUUACGCUAUUUUCUCUGACAACGUGAUUGCUGCUUCUGUAGUGGUAAACUCGGCUGUGAAAAACACGAAGGAGCCAUGGAAGCAUGUGUUCCAUGUGGUGACGGACAAAAUGAAUCUUGGGGCUAUGCAGGUGAUGUUUAAGAUUAAGGACUAUAGUGGUGCCCACAUUGAGGUGAAGGCUGUGGAGGAUUAUAAAUUUCUCAACUCUUCUUACGUGCCAGUGUUAAAACAGCUCGAGUCCGCUAAAUUACAGCAGUUCUACUUUGAGAAUAAGCUUGAGAAUGCGACAAAGGAUACAACCAAUAUGAAGUUCAGGAAUCCGAAGUAUCUAUCCAUACUGAACCAUCUAAGGUUCUAUUUGCCAGAAAUGUACCCGAAGCUACACAAGAUUUUAUUCUUGGAUGAUGACAUAGUCGUUCAAAGAGACUUAACUGGCCUCUGGAAGAUUGAUAUGGACGGAAAGGUGAAUGGUGCUGUGGAGACGUGUUUUGGAUCUUUCCAUCGAUAUGCCCAAUAUAUGAACUUCUCCCACCCGCUGAUUAAAGCCAAGUUUAGUCCCAAGGCAUGCGCAUGGGCUUAUGGUAUGAACUUCUUCGACUUGGAUGCUUGGAGGAGGGAGAAGUGCACUGAGGAAUACCAUUACUGGCAGAAUCUGAAUGAAAAUCGAACAUUGUGGAAGCUAGGCACGUUGCCUCCAGGUCUCAUCACUUACUACUCAACCACGAAGCCGCUUGACAAAUCUUGGCAUGUUUUGGGGCUCGGAUACAAUCCCAGCAUAAGCGUGGAUGAGAUCAACAAUGCUGCAGUCAUACACUUUAAUGGAAACAUGAAGCCAUGGCUCGACAUAGCCAUCACCCAGUUCCGGCCUCUCUGGACCAAGUAUGUUGACUAUGAAAACGAGUACGUCCAAGCCUGCAAUUUUGGUCUAUGAAUGAACCUAUAUGCUUAAAAGACCAGCUAAGCUAGUUCAAUGUUAAGCUUUGAGGCUCAUCACAACUUACACGUAGAUUAUGCCGGCGUAUUUAACCUAAAAACUACCCUCGUUCUGUUUAAAUUUUAAGCAUCUAUUCGUCUCAAAAUUAGUAUAGAUAUCAUCUGUUGCUGUUCAUAUUUGUUCACUGUUAAGGGCAGUGGUUGAAAGCUGAUUAUAUAUCAAUCAUGAAUAUGUUUCUUUUAUGAUGCA